UAUACAACCAAAAUCCUUCAACAUUUCAUUUUUUAAUCAAAAUUUAAUCAAAUUUACUCCUUUUGUCUCUAUCUACAGUUCUACACAUGAACCUGUAAUUUAUUAUUUAAAAAACAAAUCAGAUCCAUAUAUUAGUACACUAUCACACAAACAAAAAUCACAAACAAAAAAAGGUUAAUUUAUUUUUCAUUUUAGAGAUCAUUUAUAGAAAAUGGCUUUUAUGAAGGAGAUGAUGUUGGUUUUGGUUUUGGCAACAAUAAUGUUGGUUUCUACAAAAGCUCAAGAAGUACCAACAAGUAUGUCGUGUAUUCAAGGAUUAAUGCCAUGUGCACAGUUUAUCAACGCCACCAAUACGCCACCAGCAACCUGUUGUGGGCCCCUUAAGAAGGCGUUUGAAACCCAAUUGGAUUGUCUUUGUUCUGUUUUUGAGAAUCCUGAACUUGCUACUGCUUCUAAUGUUAACAUGACUCAAGCUAUGGAGUUACCCGUCAAAUGUGGGCUUAAAGUUAGUGACCCUACCAACAUUUGUCACAAAGGACACGGUCCACAUGGAGCAUCACCAAGUCAAGCUCCGGUAGCUGGUGCACCUGCAACAGUAACUUCAUCUCCUGGUUCAGGAAGUAGUAGUGGGGCAAGCAGUGUUGCAUGGGCAGGACCAAUUUCCAGCUUGAUGUUGUUGUUUGUAGGAUUGAUGUUCUAUUAAGAGCAUCGUGUUUUUUACCUUUAAUUUCUAUCCCUAUUUUUUUGUGUUUUUUCUCUUUGAUUGUACUCCGUAUUGGAUAGAGAUUGGGAAUUGAUCCUUCGACCUGCAUAACUGUAAGGAAAGGCUGUACUGUAGCACCAGCAAUAAACUAACAAGUGAUUGCUAUUUGCGCGAUUA